AAGGACCACUUUGCAUCAUCGCCCGCGCUAGAUUCCACGCAGCCUCAUUCAGCCCUCCACCUCGAACACGGCUGCCUAGCCCCACCGCCAGGCCAUCCAUAAGAGCAGCUGGUUUCAUAUCGAGACAACUUGAAUCUCAGUCAAGUUCGACUUCACAACACAAUCACAAUGGCCGUCUCAACACAAGCCCUCUCCUCCAUCCGCCGGUACUCCACAUCCCUACCGCGUGACCCCCACUACCGACUCAAAGCCACACUCGCAACGGGCUAUGUUGUAUCGGCGCUUGCACUGCCGUUUGUACCACCGCUGCUCGAGACUAGGAGAGCGAAGGCUGAUGGAAGCUAUCUGACGAGGGAGAAUGUGUAUUGCUCGAGUCAGUUCCAUCAGUGCGCUCGAUGAGCACGAGCACGGGCCUCCAGGUUUUACAAGAAACCGACAUCUUCGUUCUUGAGCCUUUUACAUUCAUCAUACCCAUUAUUUUCCUAUGGUAUUUCGGCGUUUGGAUGUCCGCAUGAG